CACCACUCUCAUUCUCUCUCUCUCUACAUAAAUACACAAUCUCUCUCCCUACAUAUAUUUGUGUAUAUAGAGAGAUAUCAUUGCUUCACCGUUCAUGCCUAUCUAAUAUGAACUGUCUCCUUGAUUUGCUCAAGCGCAUUUUCCUCCUGUCUCUAUCCGUUCUACACACACAUACACAUAUAUAAGUUUGUGUUUCUCUGCGUUUAUUUUUCACGAAUCUUGUUGGAUAAUAAAGUUCUUUCUUCGCUUUCUCUCUCUCCCCCUCCGGGACUUUCUCUGUUCUUCCUUUGCAGAAAUGGGGUUCUCGGAGCAAUCGAUCCUUGUCACUGGAGGGGCCGGAUUUAUCGGUACUCACACUGCUGUCCAGCUUCUCGAUCAAGGGUUUAGGGUUACGAUCAUCGAUAACCUCGACAAUUCGGUCGCAGCAGCCGUUGACAGAGUAAGAGAGUUAGUCGGCCCCGUAUUGUCCAAGAAGCUCGAAUUCCAUUUGGGUGAUCUCAGAAAUAAGGAGGAUCUGGAGAAGUUAUUCUCUAAGUCGAAGUUUGAUGCUGUGAUUCAUUUUGCUGGUCUUAAAGCUGUUGGUGAGAGUAUGGCUCACCCUUUUCGCUAUUUCGAUAACAACUUGAUUGGCUCAAUCAAUUUGUACCAGGUCAUGGCCAAAUAUAAUUGUAAGAAGUUGGUUUUCUCAUCCUCUGCAACAGUUUAUGGCCAACCUGAUAAGAUUCCAUGUGUUGAGGAUUUCCAACCAAUGGCUAUGAAUCCGUAUGGGCGGACCAAGCUAUUCCUCGAAGAAAUAGCUCGUGAUAUUCAAAGGGCAGAUUCAGAAUGGAGAAUGAUUAUGCUAAGAUACUUUAACCCUGUUGGUGCUCAUGAGAGUGGCAAGCUUGGUGAAAAUCCAAAGGGCAUCCCAAACAAUCUUAUGCCUUAUAUUCACCAAGUAGCUGUUGGUAGAUUGCCUCAUCUAAAUGUAUAUGGUCAUGAUUAUCCAACCCCUGAUGGUAGUGCGAUCCGAGACUACAUUCAUGUUAUGGAUUUGGCAGAUGGACACAUUGCUGCAUUAAAGAAGCUUUUCAUGACAGAAAAUAUAGGUUGGGCUACCUACAACUUGGGUACUGGAAGUGGUACAUCUGUGCUUGAAAUGGUUGCUGCAUUCGAGAAGGCAUCUGGCAAGAAAAUUCCAGUACAACUUUGUCCAAGAAGACCAGGAGAUGCAACGGCUGUUUAUGCUGCGACAGAGAAAGCUGAGAAAGAACUUGGAUGGAAGGCAAAAUAUGGUAUUCAAGAAAUGUGCAGAGAUCAAUGGAAUUGGGCAAGCCAGAAUCCAAUGGGAUAUGAGUCACAGCCUUGAAUAGCAUUCUGUUGAGUAGUUUGGAGGAGAUUUUGUUAAUCCCACAAAUUAGGUGGGGUCGUAAGAUUUCACUGAAACUACAUUAAUUGUAUCACGGAAAUCAUGUACCCCCUUUUGAGAAUAAUUCAUUUUGAGGAGUUCUCUUUUCAUA